UCAUUUAUAAAAUAGUUUGUCAGACAUGAGUCAGUUGCUGGGUAGUCAGGACUGUAUCGAAAGCCUCCGAAAAGACCUGGUUGACCUUCAGGGAGCGAUUCUGGACGUGUUUUCUCGAACCGGACCGCUCCGCUUUUCUUCCUGGAAGUUCCCGGACAAGCACUCCUGUAAUCUAGACAUGGUAGCUCUGCUAGAGCAGUAUGACUUUGUGGAUGGGGAAGAUGCGUUCAAUCAGCACUCCCACAUUGUUUUACUGGAGUUGGUGGUUGACAGACUGCUGCUUCUUGUACAAAGCUCCAGUGCUUACAUUGACCGACUGAGGGGCAGCCACAGGAGAGAACAAACGCCACAGAAGGGAUGCCUGUCAGUUGGUCUCAUAGUCACAAACUACUGGAGUAAUUUAGUUCAAUUUGCCAACAUAAAGGAGUCUGAACUCAGUAAAAGGCAGAUGGAAAGAAACAGUGAUGAGACAAACACUGCAUCACCUGUCUCACCUCAAAUGAGCUCAAGAACCAACUUUUGCAGCCGUUGCUUGUCUGCUUGGUCUUCAACGAGCACAUUUGAAAUUUCCCCACAGAAUCUCACAUCCUCCAGUCCCACCCACAGCAGUCCAUGCUCUCCUGUGUUUAGCAGUCAAAACAAAAGCUGCCAGACUGUCGAAUCAUCACUCAUUCCAUGCGAUGCGUGUCAUCAAGUGCAAACUCUUUUGAGAAAGACAGGAGACGCUCUGGUAGACCUGCUUCAGAGCGAGGGCCUGCCCUCAUCUCUGCAGCCUCUCUUAGCAGCUGUGGAUGACUCUCUGGAGCUGGGACGCAUGACAGCAGGCGAUGUUUCCCAGUGGGCCAAUGAACAGCGCAGGGACACGCGCAGGCUGGAAAAACACCUUCAAGAUGUGCGCUGUACGGUGCAGCCUCUUAAAGACAGACUAGCAGCGGCAGAAGAGGAACAGAAAAGAUUCAGGUCCCAGCUGGAAAGAGCACAAAAAGACUUCAAUCAAGAGAAGGAAAAGCUUCAAAUAAAUUCAGUCCAGCUUGAAUUUUCGCUGCAGAAAGCACAGAGAGUCAUUAAAGAAACAGAGAAAAGGCUGCAUGAGGAGCAACAGCAACAUAAGAGGGACACUAUGUCCUUGGAAGAGAUGAAUUUCAAACUGAAGGAGGAAAUAACAUUGCAGCAAAAUACCUUAAAAGCACUGGAACAUGAAAAGAAAGGACUGCAGGAGAGUCUGAACACCUUACAAAUAGAGGAAGAGGCCUGUUCUAAACUGCAGCACAGGAUCCAGCAGUUAGAGAGUCAGAUCUCCGACAUUCAGCUCCUGCUUGAUAAGGAGAAAGCGAAGUACCAGAGUGCCUGCCGUCAGCAAGAGUCAAUGCAGGCAAAGCAGAAGUCUUUGUUAGAGAGAGUCGACGCUCUCGACAAAGAGUGUGAAGAGCUGCAGAAGCAGCUGGGGGAGAGAGAUGAGAGGCAGAUCGGCCUACAGAGUCAGCUGCAACAGAUGUCAGAGGAGAAGGAAGAACUGCGGGCUCAGCUCACUCAACAGCAGGACCUGUGUUUGAAGCUCCAAAAUGAGAAACAGACCCUACAAAAACACACAGAUGAGCUAAACAACUGUGUGGAUGAGUUGAAGGAAUAUGUGCAAGCUUUGAGAGAGAGGGAGAGGCUGUUGGUGGCUUUCCCAGAGCUCAGCCCACUGGCUCAACCACAGAGUACAGGAAAUGUGCUUCUGGAUAUGCAGCAGCAACUGCAAGCAAAUAGCAUUCGUAUAAAUGUUUUGGAGCAGGAAAAUUCCACCCUUCUUAGAAGUCUGGAGAAACUGGGAGAAAGAGCACAACAUAAUGCAAGCAGGGAAGCCUCCACUCAGCAGACACACACUGCUUCUCUGCCCAGCACACCAACGGAAAAACGUCCAGCGUAAGUAUUCUGCUCUUUAGAUUAGUCUGAGUGAUACUGUGCAUCCAUUGUUGCCUUCUUCUUUGCUCCACAGGCAGAGCAGUGAUGCAGCAAGGCUGGGGUACGUUAACAGAGGAAAGGAAGCAGGAGGAGGAGAGAGUGGUGUGGAGUCAGAGGAUCGU